CGCGGGAGCUGCUGAUGCGUGAAGAGAGAGCAAGCUUAUCUCGCAACGGCUUCGCGCCUGGCAGCCAUGCAUGCGUCCAACGCUGAGAGCCGGGGUGGCGGGAGGAAACACUACGGUACCCCUCAGAGUUACGAUGCAGCUUCCGCCGAUUUCGCCGAGCAGAGCGUAACCAUGACCGUGGCUCAGAGUGAAUGCGGCGCAGUCGGCGACUGGGGUGACGGCCAAAAAAUGUGGAACCUCGUGGCAUCGCUUUUAGGCUCUGAAACCUGACAUUGGCGAGGCCCCCACUGAUGAACAGCACGGCCGCGAAGAGCGCCACUGCCACGGAGCGUGCCGUGGCCGCCGUGCUGGUCUCCACUGAGCUGUGCAUCUCCAUUCUCGGAAACCUGCUGGUGCUGUUCGUCUCACUUUGGGACGAGCGUGUCAAGCAGCAUCGUUCAAACUUGCUGGUCGUCAGCCUCGCGGUGACCGACCUCCUCACGGCCACUCUCGUCAUGCUGCCGUCGGUGUGUGCCCUGACCAACGACGGCUGGCCCCUGGACAACCCGGGCUUCUGCACCUUCCACGGCAUCCUCAACUACUGGCUCACGUCCACGUCGAGCGUGACUCUCGCCAUGAUCGCGCUCGACCGCGGCGUGGCUGUGCACAAGCCGCUCGAGUACGUCCAGCGCUGCACGUGGGGCCGCCUGGCCCAGAUGGUGGCGCUGCCCUGGACGCUCGGCAUCGUCUUCGCUGUCGUGCCUGCCAUCCUCGACUGGACCGCGUACCAGUUUGACAACAUCGUCUGCGACGUCGACUGGCACCCCCGGCGCGAGCACGUCAUCUACUAUGCGGCAACCUUCUCCCUCUGCUUCGCCAUGCCGGCGGCCAUUGUGCUCGUCCAGUACGCCCGCAUCCUUGCGUCGGUGCGUCGCUUGCGCUCCAACGCGGUUGUGAAUCCGCCGGUGGUGGUGGUGCCAAAGGGGGACGUCUCCAACGGAACGCUGUCCCGCCAGCUGUCCUUUCGCCGCCGGGCGGGACAGGGGAACCAGAAGAUCCUCGUUAGCAUCUUGGCGGUGAUCGUCAUAUUCUUCCUCUGCAUCACGCCGUUUUGCUGCACCAAGCUGGUCAAGGUGCUGCUUGGGCCCAAGGCCAUUCCGGACUGGCUGGACAUGCUCUCGACUGUGGUGCAGUUCUUGGCAUCCGUCGUGAACCCCUUUGUGUACUCCAUCGGACUCAAGAGCUUCCACGAGGCACUGUGCAGACUGUCGCGCAGCGGACGACAAAGGUUGCUCUGGAGUACUUCAGUGUGAGUGGCCAGAAGUUGUGAGACGGAGACUGGCAUUGCUUUUGCAAUGUUUGUAUGGCUGUGUAGAUUACGUAGAGAAAAAUAUACCCUUUUCUCCUUUCAA